UUACUUGUGCUGCAAUAUUUAUAUAUAAAUAUAAUAUUAUAAUAUUCCAAAAAACACACACACAGUAUAAUGGUGGUGGCGGCGUCAAUGAAAAUAGAGAAAAUAAGAGAAGAUAUCGAACUGCCGAUCAUAGACCUUCUCUCUCCAGAGCGAUCGGAGAAGAUAGUGAAAGCAUGUGAAGAAUACGGUUUCUUCAAAGUGAUAAACCAUGGUGUGCCGCAGGAGAUUACUACCCGCAUGGAAGAAGAGGCCCACGCGUUCUUCUCCAAACCCGGAUCCGACAAGCUCCGGGCCGGACCCCCCAACCCUUUCGGAUACGGGUUCAAGAAUAUAGGGUUCAAUGGUGACAAGGGUGAUGUCGAGUAUCUCCUCCUCCCGCCCACUAACUCUCCUCAUCAUCAUCAUCACUUUUUCUCUAAAUUUAUUUCCUCUGAUGAUCCAAACAAAUUCAGGUGUGCAGUGGGUGAAUACGUGGCAGCGGUUAGAGAGUUGGCAAGUGAAAUAGUGAAUAUGAUAGGUGAAGGUCUGAAGUUAGAAGGAGAUGGGGCAAAGGUGCUGAGUGGGCUAAUCAACGAACCUAACUCUGACUCGCUACUCAGGCUAAACCACUACCCUUGUUGUUCUGGUGACUCAACUGAAUCCAAGAUUGGGUUCGGAGAGCAUACUGACCCUCAGAUCUUGACCCUACUUAGAUCCAACGAUGUACAAGGACUCCAAAUCUCCUUGGAGGAUGGUGUGUGGGUCCCUGUCACUCCCUAUCCUCACUCUGCUUUCUGUGUCAAUGUUGGUGACGUCUUGCAGGUGAUGACAAAUGGAAGGUUCUUGAGUGUGAAGCACAGAGCGGUGGUGAACUCGUACAAAACAAGAACUUCAAUGGCCUACUUCGCUGCUCCGCCGCUCACUGCCACCGUGAGUUGCCUGCCGGGAUUGGCGGCAACACCGCUGUAUAGAAGCUUCACUUGGGCUGAGUACAAGAAAGCUACUUACGCUCGAAGAUUAGGCGAUAACACUCGUCUUAAUCUAUUUAAACUCCUCCCACCUGAUCAUGAAUGAUUUUUAUUUAAUGAGUAGUGUUGUUUUUAACCCCAAAAUGGGAGUUGUGUACGAUUAAUUAAUCGGUUUGUUUGUUGCUUGUUAAUAGUUAUUAUUAGACUUCCUAGUUUCAUGCAAUUUUCAAUUUCUAUAAAUCUUAUAAACUUUGUUUGCAGGCCCAAAUAUAAGAAUUGGGUACCUUACAAUAUAGCCCAUAUAUUUUACAUACAACUAAAACAGCCCAAAAACCCCAU